GAAGACGAGAGGAGAGAGAUGCAGGUAUAUAAAGCUGCUGUGUGACAGAGCAUCAGUGGAACACAUGAACACGUUUCCAGACAGAGAACAGAGGACGCAAACAAGAAAAGAGGGGAAAGGGAAGAAUCCUCAAAGACAUGCAGCCAAACGAGAUGAACGUUUUUCUAGCUGUGUUUUGCGUGCUCAGCAUCCUCCAGCUCUGUGACGGAGUAUCCAGCAGUGGAGAAUGCUACUUCAACUCAAAAGCCAGCUGUGAACACAACGGCCGUGUAUUUGACAUUGGGGAUGUCUGGAUAAAUGAUGAAUGCUUCCAGUGUGUGUGUUUCGAGCCGUUUGGAGUGGGCUGCUGUGAACUUGGAAAGCAGCCAGUCGAUUACCCACCCUGGUGCGAGGCCAUUAGGAAAGCAGACUCCUGCACAGUUGCUGUGGUGAUGAAGGCCAACCAUAAACUUCCCUGUCUGUUUGGAGGGAAGAGCCGCCUUUGGAAAUCAGAGAACGACGCACUCUUCUAGACUACACUACUGAAUUCACUCAUGCAAAACACUCAUUUAGCCCAAAUAUACAGAUUAUUCACGAUGUUUAGCCCAAAUAUACAGAUUAUUCACUA